UGCAGAUGUUUUAUUAUGUGAUCGGGUUGAAAUCUUACAAGAAAGCUGAAAUUGUGGAAAUUAUGAAGAAAGGCCACUUAAUGGGCAUUUCACCUGGUGGAGCUAGAGAAGCAAUAUAUGGUCAUGAUUACUGCUUAAUAUGGAGUAAACGCACAGGUUUUGCUCAGGCAGCUUUGGAGGCGAAAGUGCCCAUCAUCCCUAUUUUUACACAAAACAAUUGUGAAGCGUACAGGACCAUUGGAAAGACAAGGCUGACACAAUGGCUAUAUGAAAAAACUCGAUGUAUGUACCUUCCCAUUUACGGAGGGUUUCCAGUGAAAUUGAGGACAUUUAUUGGAGAACCUAUCCCAUAUGAUCCAAAUAUAACAGCUGUGGAGCUGGCUGAAAGAGCAAAGACUGCACUUGAUAAUCUUCGGGACAAACACCAAAAAAGGCCCGGAAAUAUAUUAAGAGCUCUUUCAGAACGAUUUGAUAAGCAUUACAAAGCUGACUAGUCCAUAUAAAACAGUUGCCGUGUUUCUGACAAGAUGUCUGUAAUAGGAACAUUAAUAAUUAUGUUAUUAAAGCUAAAUUGAUAUAUACAGAA